AUGUCUUUGGCGGCCGAACGAGCGCCCUUGCUGGGGCCGGCAGCGGACGCCGCCUCACAGUCGCACUCUCCGCUUGUUCGCAUUCACGAUGCAGCGGAUGUCGAGGGCAGCUCCCCGGAUGAGCAGCAUGCAGGCUGUGUAUCACCCAUUCGCAGCCGGGCGCCCGGCGUUGCGCGCAUGGAGAUCAUCUCGUCGCGGCUUACAACGCUCGAGCGUGCGUGGCUCUUCUUCAGCAUCUUCCUCGUCGGCUAUGCAUACGGGCUCGAGAGCCAGGUCCGGUCUACGUACCAGCCAUAUGCCACAUCGAGCUUCUCCCUGCACUCGUACCUAUCCACCAUCAACGUCUUGCGCAGCGUCAUCGCUGUUGCCGUACAGCCCACGGCGGCCAAGAUUGCUGAUGUCUUUGGCCGUUUCGAGAUUGUCGCCGCCUCUACCGUCUUCUAUGUCGUCGGCAUGGCCAUCGAGUCGACGGCCUCGUCGGUAUACACGUUUUGCCUCGGCACGAUUAUAUAUCAAGUGGGCUACACCUGCAUGGUGCUCUUACUCGAGGUCUUAGUAGCCGACUUUUCGUCCAUGCGCGCGCGCGUCUUCUUCAGCUACAUCCCGGCGCUCCCCUUCAUCAUUAAUACCUGGAUCAGCGGCAAUGUCACCGCCGCGGUGCUGGCCGUCACUACUUGGCGCUGGGGCAUCGGCAUGUGGUGCAUCAUCUAUCCCGUGUGCUCCCUGCCCCUGCUCGUCACGCUCUACCGCAUCGAUAGGAAACAGGUCAGCGUCGCCAAGAGCGAGGGCUCUCAGGGCGCCCACCGCAGCAGCAGCAGGAUGCGGCUCCUUGGCCUCGGCAAGGGGCGCAGCGGCCUCUUCCACCAACUCGAUGUUGUGGGUCUUUUCACGCUGGUGGCGGCCUUCAGUCUCAUCCUGGCGCCCUUGACGAUUGUCGGCGGUACCGUCUCGCACUGGCGGAGCCCGGCCAUCAUCACGGCCCUCGCCAUCGGCUUCGUGCUGGUGCCCAUAUUUGUCGUGUGGGAGCGGCGAGGUGCCAGGACCCCCCUUGUUCCUUUCCACCUGCUGGCCGACCGGGGUGUCUGGGCGGCCCUCGCGGUGCGCAGUCUGCUCAACUUUGCCUGGUACGUCCAGGGCAACUACCUUUACACGGUGCUCAUCGUGGCCUUUGAUUUUUCCAUCGAGACGGCCACGCGCAUCCUGUCCUUUUUCUCAUUCUUCGGCGUCGUGAGCGGGGUCAUUGUGGGCGUCAUCGUGUACCGGCUUCGGCGGCUCAAGUACAUCAUCGUCGCGGGGACGUGUCUGUUCAUGGUGGCCUUUGGCGUGCUGUACAACUUCCCCGGCGGUGCGACGCUCCACUCGCGAUCUGGGGUCAUCGCCGCCCAGGUCUUGCUGGGCUUGGCGAGUGGGCUCUUUGCGUAUCCGACACAGGCUUCCAUUCAGGCUUCGGCAACGCGCGAUCACGUUGCCAUUCUCACGGGGCUGUACCUGUCCUUUUAUAAUGUCGGCAGCGCGUUCGGCACAUGCCUUGCGGGCGCCAUUUGGACGCAGACACUUUUGCCCGUCCUGACAGAGAACCUCGCGUUUCAACCAAACGCCACUCUUGCCAAGGCCAUGUACGACUCGCCCUUCCCGGUUGUCAAGGAGUAUCCAGUGGGAACCGAGAUACGCGACGCCAUCAUUCGCAGUUACGAAUACGUGCAGCGACUGCUGUGCAUCGCGGGCCUUUGCUUGUGCGUGCCGAUGAUUGCGUUUGCGCUGGCGCUGCGGAAUCCUCGGCUGUCGACGAAACAAGUUCAGGAGGAGGCAACGGGGGCAGAGGGCCAAGUAGAGAGGUGA